UUCCCUUCCUUCACUUUGUUUUGUUUUGAUUGAUUUUGUUUUGAGUCCGUGAGAUUAAUAUUUGCAUGAAAGCAAGAGUUUUUGAUGUUGUUAAUAAAAAACUUUUGAAUUAAAACAAAGUAUCCUCAUAUUGGUGCAACAUCAGAAGCUGCCGUGCUCGUUCUUUUCUACUACGAUUUAGUGUUCAGUUGUCAAUUAGAAACAGUUAUAAAAUGAUAAGUUAAUAUUUACCCGGCGGUUUCCUUAGUCGGUCGUGUAUCUAGCUGCUCUUAAAAUAUAAAAUCUGUUUAUGAUUUUUUUUAUCAAAACAGUAGCCAGUAUGAAGUGGUGUAUUUUUACUUUAACUCUGAUCAAGAUAGCUUCAGUUAAAUCAAGCGAUCCAACACCAAUUGUUUUGUGGCAUGGAAUGGGAGACACUUGCUGUGCAGGCUACAGUCUUGGAGGAUUUAAAUAUUUUCUUGAAAAUGAAAUACCAGGAGUCUAUGUUCUUUCUCUGAGAAUCGGGAACUCUGUAAUUGAGGAUUUUGAAAAUAGUUACUUUAUGUACACAAAUAACCAAAUAGAAUAUGUUUGUGAUGUGCUGUGGAAAGAUAAAAAGUUACAAAAUGGUUUUAAUGCUAUAGGGUUCUCGCAAGGAAGUCAAUUCUUCCGAGCAGUUGUACAGCGGUGUGGUCACAAAGUAGGACCCGUGAGGAGUCUCAUCACGUUAGGAGGUCAGCACCAGGGCGUGUACGGGCUCCCUCACUGUGGAGCCCUGUCGCACAAGUCCUGCGAUUACAUCCGUGAGCUCCUGAACUAUGCCGCUUAUUACAGUUGGCUCCAACGUUCCCUUGUCCAGGCUACGUACUGGCACGAUCCGCUUAACGAAGAAGAAUACAAGAGGUCCAGUCAAUUCCUAUCAGACAUAAACAAUGAACUAUCAAUAAACCAGACUUAUGUCGACAAUUUGUAUAGCCUGGACUAUUUUGUAAUGGUCAUGUUUGAAAAUGACACCAUCGCCCAGCCUAAGGAGAGCUCCUGGUUUGGGUUCUACAAGCCUGGACAGAGCAAGGUGUUGCAGACUAUGCGGGAGUCUGACCUUUACAAGCAGGACCGUCUUGGACUCAAGAAAAUGGAUGAAAGUGGAAAAUUAGUCUUCCUCACGUCCCCCGGCGACCAUUUGCAAUUCUCACAAGAGUGGUUCAUCGAAAAUAUUAUCAAAAAAUAUUUAGCUGCUAAAUAAAUCAUUAAGUAGCUUUACUGAAAAAGAAAAAUAUUUUAGCGUAAGGGAAAUAAUACUGUGAAUAUUAUAGAAAUGAAUAUGGUAAAACGUACUUGCUGUUUUAUCACAAACAGGGUUGGCACUGGUAAAAAUAGGCUUACAUUAAUUAUCAGUAUAUUGUGUUAGAAAUUUAUCCUAGUGUUCCAAUAUGAAAUGUUAAAAAGUUUAAUUAUUUAAUAACAAAAAUUGUUAAAUAGAAAUAUUAAAAUUGUUUUAAAAGAUAAGGAAAGAAUUAGACUAAAGUAUUGGCCCAGUACCAUAUGCACAUAAAAGUGAUAAUAAAAGUUAUAAUGCUCUCUUACUUUACCAAUGAAUACUCAGAUCGAUAAAUAUAUUUUUCAUCUUUAUUAUAAAAAUAAAAAUAUAAAAAUCAA